AUGAAAUUUCUAUUAAAAUUGUUGUCUUUAGUUACACAUACUGUAGUUGCAGGUUCAGAACCAAAUUCUAAAUCUUUAAACAAAUCACUGACGUCAUCAUUCUUAAAUGAUAAAGUAUUGUUUAGAAUAAAUUUAACUUUACUAUCAAUACCACACGUUACACACAAUAAUUUGUUUACUGAAACUGACGUUAAACCAAAGUUAUGA